GGUAAUAAAAUCAACUAAGCAAACAUGCACAUUCAUUCAUACAUACAUAUAUAUAUAAAUUCACUUCUUCUACCUAUAGUAAUUUGAAACAAAUGGCUCCCCACAUACAAUUGAGAGUCCAUCUCAAGUGCUCGCAAAAAAAAUUAAGCUGUGAAAAAAAAUGUUACUAUCAGUAUGGCCAAUAUAGGAUAUAAGACAUAAGACAUAUUAAAAUAUCAUGAACCAUGGAGCAAAACCAUGAAAGCAGAACUGAGGUACUUCGUCUAAAUGAACUAAAAAGUUAUCUCAUAAAUUUAAAGGUCGAAACAUCCAGUGUUACAGAACUCAAUUCUCAUUUUCAAAGUUUAUAUACUCAGUUAUUAACAAUUGGAACUAAAGGUGGUCUAGAUGACAAGACAUUAACAUUAUUUAAUGAUACACUUUCAAUCUGUAUACUUAGACUAAAUCAAGCAUUAAAAACACAAGACUUUUCUGAUUUGAAUAUAGAACAUUAUAAUAAUAUUUUUGAAUAUAUCUUACAGUUUAUUCAGAACUCUUCGAGUCCAUUAUUCAACUCAUUACAAUCAUUAUUGAAUAAAUUACUUGAUUUAAUAAGAGUACAUAGUAAUGAUAAAUAUCAGGAUAUAUUAAAAAUAUGGAUAGAAUUACUUUUGACCAGAAAUUCUAUUGAAAAUAGUCUGAUAUCUCUUCAAGAUAAGAAUACAUUCAUCAUAUUAAAUAUCAUCCUAAAGAAGAAAACUUCAGUACGAUAUAUUUUAGAUCAAUUUCCUGAAUUCAUAGAUAGUACUUUAAAAUUACUUGGAUUUGAUACAUUAGCAAAUGUCAUAUCUAAGACCAUAGUUCAUCUAUUUACUGAUUUAUAUGAUCCUAAUAAUCAACAAGAAUGGGUUAACACUUGGCUACCUUAUAUUUCCCAAGGAUUUAAAUCUGAUAAUAAGAAAAUAAUACAAAGCAUUCAAACUCAUAUUUUACCAGCAUUAUUCAAAAUAUAUCCUCCAUCAUUAAACUUAUUGAUUGAACAUUUUUCACAUGAAAAUAUCGAUAUUGUUAUUAAAUUAUUGAAACUUGGUCAAAGCCUAUCCUAUAUAGAACCUGAAAGUUUAAUAGAAGGAGGAAUCCUUACAGAAUAUUUAACCCAUCUGCAACCGCAUUAUAGACUUGAUACUUUAGAAAUAUUACUAGGAGGAAGAAUGUCAAUUAAUGAUCCACCUAUUUCAACAAGUAUAUUUAACAUAAUUAAAAAUCAUUUUUUAAUUGAUAUCUUUUUCAAUGAUUAUGAGGAGAUUGAAGUUAGAAAUAGAUUUGUUUCUAUUUUUGGUCAAUUUCUUACUGUAAGAUUCAAAAAUUCCCUCUCUGUUCUAAAGAAAUCAAGUAAGAAAAGUCCAGAUGAUAAUAAUGUAUUAAAGUCUAUUGAUAGUCAUGAACAGUUCUUAAGCUGGUUAGAGAAUCAUUUAUUAAAUUAUUUAACAAGUACAGCAAAUUAUAGUCAAAUUAUUACUUCAUUAAAACUAUUGGAGAUAAUUUCAUUCAAGUUACCUAAAUUAACAAAGUUAUAUGAAAAUAAAGUUUAUUUACAUCUUUUAGUUGAAAACUUAUUCAAUAACUAUGAGAAUGUAAGACAGCUAAGUUUGACACUUCUUAUUAAUAAGAAUGAAAUUGAAAACUUAAAGGACCAUUUCAAAAGCUUGGGACUAGAAAAUAUAGAAUCCAUUAAUAAAGUUUACGAUAUACUUAAGGAUUUAUCAGGUAGAAAGAGUGAAGGAGGAGCUAAGUUCAUUGAAUAUAUUUGUCAAUCUAAACUUUUGUUAUUCAAAGAUGAAGAUUAUAUAAGAGCAAUCACUUUAAAGCUUUUGAAUGAUAUGAAGAUAAAUAACAAAAUUAAUGACCAUAAUUUUUCACUUCAUGGAUUCUUCAAAGCUUUAAAUCUUGUGAUUCUGCAUUGGGAACUCGAUUUCUUAUUAAGAAAUCAAGAUUUGGUUAAACAAAUUCAUUCAGUAGUUUAUCAAUUAUCAAAAGAUUUAUGGGAUUAUUACGUGGCUAAUGUUGUAAUAGUAGAGGAUUCAACAGAAGAAGUCGAUGAUGAUGAAUCAAGUCUUCUUUCCAGUUACUGGUGGAAGACCAUUAAAGAAUCAAAUAAUCUCUUGACUAUAUUAUUUGUCAAUGUAAAUGUUAGUAGUCAAAUAACAACAGCAUCUAAUAUAGUCAAUGCCUUUGAACUUAUUAAGGAUCAAUUAGAAAAGAUUAGUCAUAGAGGUACAUUUUCAUCAAUUUAUCCAUCAUUUAUUUCCAUAUGUAAAGCAUGCUUUAAAGAUCCAAACUAUGAAUCAUAUUCACAUAAAUGGUUAACCGAAUCACUAGACCUUAUUCAAUCAGGUAAUUCUCAAUACAUUUCUAGAAGAUCAGGAUCUAUACCCUUUGUGAUAGCAGGUAUUCUUAUAGGUAGUAUUGAUUCAAUCCAUGAAGGUGAAGUAAUCUCUUCAACUUUCAAUAUUUUACUUAAUAUAGCUAAACAACCAUACUCCCACAAGCAUGAUGAGGCAUAUGAUAUCCCUCAAGUUCAUGGUUUCAAUUGUUUAAAACAAAUCUUUCAAGAGAGUCAACUUACUAAAGCAUGUCUUAAAUAUGUUCCAGUAUCUUUAGAACUUUCUUUAACUCAUUUUGCUUCUGAAAAUUGGUCUAUAAGAAACUGUUCGGUAAUGCUUUUUACUACUAUUCACAACAGAUUAUUCGGUGGAAAUAUUAAUCAUACAUCCAAGUAUUCGGCAAACUUAUUGUUUAAGAAAUUUGACGGUAUUCAUACUAUCUUGAAUACAUUUAAAGACGAGAAAACCGUUGUCCUAAUUCUCUUAUUAUUAACUAAUAUUGACUUUAAUACUCCAAUAGCUGAUUACCCAGAUGGAUCAUUAGAGGAUGUUGAAAUGACCAUUAGAAAGUGGAUACCCACGAAUCUUUCUAAUCCUUCAUUCAAAAUUAGAGAAAUGGCUGCUAGAUGUAUAGCUAAUUCAUUUAAAGGUACAGAAAUUCUUGAAUUAUUCAUUGAGCAAGUUAAUCAGAAUAAUAAUCUCAAUAAGAAUUCCUUACAUGGACUAUUACUCAUGAUAUUUGAAAGCUCACAUAAAUUUGUGAAUAAUGAUUUAGCUAAGGAGUUAGUCGCCUUUUUAUACUCAAAGAUAUCAUUUUGCUUGCAUACAAAAAGUUUUGAAAUUUCCAAAGUUUACUUUGACAUUAUUCUUCAGUAUAAACCAACGAAGAUGGUAGUGAAUUUUAUUGGAAACUACUUUGCCACACAAUGUACUUUGAAUAGUACUAGAUUGGAAGGUUGUAGAGGCUUGGCAUUAUCGUGUGCCACUAAAAUCCUCCUAAGACAUUAUCUUGAAUUCAAUGAAAUAUCCAAUUUUAUAGAUGUAAUUGAACUCAGUUUGUUAAGUUUUGACAGCUAUGAUGUGCAAAUAACGGCCCUUCAAUUUCUUAAUGAUAAUUUGAUAGUUAUUGGUGAAAAGCAUGAAAUUAUUGAAAAAUUGGAAAGUCUCAUUUGGGAACUUAUAAUUGAUGGAUCAUGUUGGUCUUAUGUGCAACAUUAUGCUCUUGAUGUUUUCAAGAAUUUCAAAGUCAAGAAUACUAAUGUAAAUUCAAAAAUCGAGAAGCUCUUAGAAAUAGUCAUAGAAAAUUAUGAUGAAUCAGUUACUUUAAAAGCUUUAGAAUGUUUAGGGAAUUUACUUCCAGAGAAUUUUAAUGAAACAUCUGUAAAAACUUAUCUCGAUAUAUGUGAACAGAAUUUAAAUGAAGAAAAGCCUUUAAAGUUUAGAGACAGUGCACUUAGAAGUUUAGUAUUAUACAGCUCGAAUGGUUUACAUUCUAUAGGUUCAUCUAGAGCUUUAGGAUUAAUUGCUUUGAAAGGGUUAUAUGAUGAGGACACAGAUUUAAGAUUAAUUGCAGGGAACUUUAUUUCUAGUUCAUUAGGCUACACACAACCACAAGCUCCUACUUUAUUGACGAAACUUGACAUAUUUAAAACUAUUCAAGGGUCAGGGGUACUUACAGAAAUAAUAUUAAAGACAUUAUUUGACAUGACCAUGUCUUUUGAAGAUAUUGCAAAUCUUCGAUAUCAUUCAUCUUCAUCCAAGAUAUUUGAUAUUGAAACAAGCAACUUAUAUAAAAAUGAAAUACAAGUUAUAGAAUCUUGUUUGAUUGCUUUAAAGUCAUCAGCCAAUAAGAUAAACUAUGAAUCCAGCUUUUACUUUUCUUUAAUGCAGCAAAAGUUGUUAUCAGACAUCCUCAUUCUUCAAAUUGCUGCAAAAUUUGAUUAUGUCACUUUAGCAAAUGAUGCAAAUAUCAAUAAGUCACUUCUAAUCACAAUAACCAUGACAGAACUGUGGAUUAAAAUAUAUCCCAAUGAUACAUUAACAAUUGAAUUGAAUCAUUUAAAAUCCCAACUUAAUAAAUUCAAUUAUGUAUAUAUAAAUUAGAAGUGGCACGCUAUCAGAUGCAGAAUAAUCCCUAGACUGGUACUAAUGGGCGGGUAACUUUUUAUACCAUUAAAAAAAUUUUCCAGCCAGUUUUUAAAAAUUCAUAUACUGCAACUACUACUGCUUAUUACAGUACUAUAUUGACUAUUAAGCCAAUAGGACUCUCAAGAAGGUAUGUUUUAAUAACAAUAGCCACAAGAUGGCAUGCUAUUAACAUGAUAACAUUGACAACUCUACGAUAAUCGUAUUGCUUUUUUAUGAUGAAUAAUUAUACAUUAACAACGAAUUUCUUCACCUGAAUCACCAUGUGGAACAAACAUAAUUUCAGAGCUUUUUAACACUGAUCUAUAAAAGCAAUACGUAUUUUUGAGUUGUAUCAAAAGUUAUCAUGUACGAUAUAUGUAAUUAGAACCAUUAUUCUAACUAAACGAUUUAGUUUUUAUUGUAAAUAUUUACUUCAAUACAUGUCUGAUUAGACUGAAAAUUUUAAAAUUUCAAA